AGAUCCAGUAGUUGGAGUUGUUGUACACCGAGCACGAGAGGGAGAGGAGAGGAGCGCGAGCGCGGCAGCUGAGUGAGCAAACAGAGGUAGAAGAAACAUUAGGUUUAUCUUCCGAGUCUUAUCAGACACCGACCUGUCACUUUUACCGCUUCGGGCCGAGUCUACUUGAAGAGGACCACAGCAGCGGAGGCGGCAGCGGAGGCGGCGACCUGGUCUGGUCCGGUCCGCUCGAGCCUGUGGAAAAACUCCCAAACGCGGUCGUCUCAGCUGGCAUGAGCUAACCAGACAGACAUGGAAACCAAACCAUUCUUGUCAUUGGGGUUCCUGAAGCCCCAGUGCUCGUUGGCUCCUCCAAUGCAGCGAGGACGCUCAGGCGAGGCUUGUUCCUGUUUCAGUGGCAUGUGUCACCUCCAUCAGCGUCGCCUAUCCUCAGACUCGUCGGGCCAGUUGACCUCCUCGCCCCUGGGCUCGCCCACGUCCCACCGGGGAAUGCACCCAUCUCUGCUCAGCCCAACGUCCAUGGGGCCCUCUGGCUCUCUUCACUCUCCCAUCAGCACGCUGAGUUCGCCCAUGAACGGCCUGGCCUCACCCUUCUCCGUCAUCAGCUCGCCCAUGGGUCCCCACUCCAUGAACUCGCCCGGCAUGGGCUACGGCCCCAGUGUAAGCCCCCAGCUGAACUCUCCGAUGAACUCGGUCAGCAGCACGGAGGACAUUAAGCCCCCGCUGGGUCUCAACGGCGUGAUGAAGGUGCCCGCCCAGCCCUCAGGCACGGCCUUGUCGCUCACCAAACACAUCUGCGCCAUCUGUGGUGACCGCUCCUCAGGUAAACACUAUGGGGUAUACAGCUGUGAGGGCUGCAAAGGUUUCUUCAAAAGGACGGUGCGCAAAGACCUGACGUACACCUGUCGUGACAACAAGGACUGUGUCAUUGAUAAGCGCCAGAGGAACCGCUGCCAGUACUGCCGCUACCAGAAGUGUUUAGCCAUGGGCAUGAAGAGAGAAGUUUUGUUACAUGCAGCCGUUCAGGAGGAGCGCCAACGAGCCAAGGACAGAAAUGAGAACGAGGUGGAGUCCACCAGCUGCGCCAAUGAGGACAUGCCCGUGGAGAAGAUCCUGGAGGCGGAGCAGGCAGUGGAACCCAAAACCGAGACCUACAUUGAGACCAACCUUGGUGUGCCAUCCAACUCGCCGAACGACCCAGUGACAAAUAUCUGUCAGGCGGCUGAUAAACAGCUCUUUACGCUGGUAGAGUGGGCCAAGAGGAUCCCCCACUUCUCUGAGCUGCAACUGGACGACCAGGUGAUCCUUCUACGAGCAGGUUGGAAUGAACUCCUCAUUGCAUCAUUUUCGCACCGUUCGAUAGCGAUUAAAGAUGGGAUCCUCUUGGCGACCGGGCUGCACGUCCAUCGCAACAGCGCCCAUAGUGCUGGAGUGGGAGCCAUCUUUGACAGGGUGCUCACAGAACUGGUGUCAAAGAUGAGGGACAUGCAGAUGGAUAAGACAGAACUGGGGUGCCUUCGAGCUAUAGUCCUUUUCAACCCAGACUCUAAAGGUCUGUCCAACCCCAGUGAGGUAGAAGCUCUGAGAGAGAAAGUGUACGCGUCUUUAGAGGCGUACUGCAAACAGAAGUACCCCGAGCAGCCUGGCAGAUUUGCCAAGCUGUUGCUGCGGUUACCGGCGCUCCGCUCCAUCGGCCUCAAGUGUCUGGAGCACUUGUUUUUCUUCAAGCUCAUUGGCGACACGCCCAUUGACACCUUCCUCAUGGAGAUGCUAGAAGCCCCACAUCAAAUGACAUAAUAGUGUAGGGGGUUGAGCUCUCCCCCUCCCCCUCCUCCUCCCCCAUCCCUCCUUACCCGUGUCUCCCACUCAGCCCUGGAUCAGGAGCGGGGGUCGUUUUUAAAAAAAAAAAAAAAUCUCCUCUCCAGCAAGGGACUGAUCACGUGAUGACUUUGGAUGGAGAACCUGUCCCUCCCUCGCUUCUCUCCUCGGCUCCCCUUGAUGUGUUUUAAAACAGUGAAUUCUUCAUGUCUAUGGGUCUGUUUUAUACCUUGUAAAAAUAUAUAAAUAAGAAAUAUAUAUAUAUAUGAAAAUCACACUGCAACACGAGUGACAACAGUGGACUGAAAUAAGGUCGGACAGAGGACAAAAGAAACGUAUUGAGCCAUUGUUUUCAUCCUUGCUUUUCCUGCACCUCGACAAGAAAAAGCAGAGAUGAUCAGGUUUUAACACCCACAGUUAUGCUUAAAAAAAAAAAACUUAAAAAAACCAGCGGUGAUGUCACAUUCGGACACUCGGCGUUGUGAUCGGGACAAUCGUGGACUGGGAGAGAGCGUCAGGCUGUCUGGACUUGGACCUGAACCCUCUCCCUCUCUCUCUCUCUUUCAGGACUGAACUUAACUUCGGAGAGGGAACAGCGGGCCGGGGGGGCAACACGUCUACUUAAAGGAACUCCUGCCUGACUUGACUGAACACGUCAGGUCUUGCACUAGCUGUUUUUGAGGUGUGAGCUUUCUGGAGUAGAACUCAAGAGGUGGGUUAACAAGACUGUAAGUGCUCAAGAAAAAAAAAAAAAAAAAAAAAGAAAACCUCAGGUCUCUGCCCAAUUCCAACAAAUACAACCAUGUCUUACUCUAUUAGCACUGUGCAACACCGGGGGGGACGACAUAUUAGUUCACUAAUCAGCCUUUCAGUUAAUGUUAAUUGGUUGAACAAGAGUUGGGAGAGCUUGUUAUGUACAAUCUGUGCAGUCCGUCUGCACGCAAGAAGACGCAGGCUGCUGUAGAUUAGCCACACGUUAGCUUUAUGCUACAUGAUGCUCUGAAAGGCUACCAGCAAGGCGCCAGGAACAACUUUUGUCAUCCUGUCUCAAACCUUUGGCCUGUGUCGCAACCUUACAGGUGAUCGCGACAAACUCGGACGGCUGGCCUCUUCACCGGCCUCUGAGCUCCUUCUCCGACCCUUCUCCGUCCCUUCUCCGACUCUUCUCCGACCCUUCUCCGACCUCUCCAGUUCUCAUUUCAUGUGAAUUUCAGCACACCAUUUACACCUCCACACUCAGAAAUCCCUCUGCUCGACGCAGCGGGUGUUAGCUUUUUAUUAUUAUUUUUUAAACACCUCAUAUCUACCUGUACAGUACAGAAAGUUACAACCGUAUUCAGUAUUGACGUUAUUUCACUUUUGAUUUUAACAGCAGCGAUGCACAAUUACCUCUGUUUCCAUCCCUCCGACCUUCAGCUCUCGACACUCAUUUUAAGCAUUUACAGUAUGCGGGAGAAGCGCUCGUCAUUGCAGCAGAGCCAUUAUUUGUUUGUUUGUUUGUUACUUGGCACUUAACCUCAUGACAGCGGAGUCGGGUUCCUAAACGGAGAGCUGAUGUUGAUGUAAUCGACCUCUGAGGUGGAAUUUGGCCCGGGGCCCAAUCAGGAACGCCCCAAUUGUUUUUCUCCUCAGAGGGACACACACACUUGCUCUCUCUGCACUUCUCUGGACAAACAAGUGUCGUUCAAGUCAAACUGAAAUGUUAAAUAUCUCCAUGUUGUGUAUAAAUAUGCUUUAUGCCCAUAUUCUACUUUUUUGUUUUUUCUCCUGUCCUUUUUCUCUAAAUGCUGCAGCUGCUGCAAAACUAUGCAUCAAGUGCAUUUCCAAAGAUUGUCCAGAGAGCUGGUGCAUGUUAGUACGGCCUAAAACAGGUCUGAUACCUUUUUAAAAACAAGUGUUUGUGAGAUGUGGGUCUGCUGUAAUAUUUUCCUGGCCUGGAGUACCGUUUUUUAUUUUUUCCCCCGCCCACUGUUCACAUACACACACACAGCAAACAACCAGCUAUCAGCCCUCAUUCCAAAGUGUUUUAUGGAAAGGUGGAGCAUAGCGGAGAUUAAGGUCAUGUUAAAUAAUAGCUAUUGCUGGGUAUGAUAUGAGGAAAAAAAACAAAACAAGGAAAUCAAGGAUUUUCUUUCUAUAUCUGAAUAUUCACCACUCUUUAAUGAGCACCUUGACACUAUCUGGACCUAAAAGGAAAAAAACAAACAAACCUUGAACACUUUGUUUGAUGAUCCUUUGAUAAACUCAGAGGGUUAAUGGUCUGAGGUGUAUGGAGUCUUGAGUGUGCCACUACAAUAAUCACAUUUUUAGUGUUUAAGUUCAACAAAUUCAACAAAAUAUAAUUUUGACUUGUAUUUAAUAAAAAAAACACGCACAAAUAAUUGGUUAAUUAGGAAUUGUAUUACCUUUUUAACAAUUGUCUUGUUUUAACAUAUAGUUUCCAUUUUGUGAUUGCUUUCAUUAAAGUGUCACUUUAAUGAAGUCCAAACUACACCGCAGCAACAGGAGCUUUUAUUAGCCAGCUAUUGGUUUGUAAUCCGCCCUCAGAGCUUAAUUUAUUAUUCCUUUUUUCAAUUUAAUUCAAGGUUAGGGUCAAUUAAGUCUGAAAAUUGUAUCUGGUGGCACUGUCAAAACUCCAUAGAAGUGUUGAUGCACACCGAGACAUCAAUGCUACAUCGACCACCUCUGUGCAACCGACACCCAAUGAUCUCUUUACUUCUGAGGAAAAACAAGCAAAGAGUUGGUUGAGGAUGCCGGCUUUGAAACGUCACAUACUGUACAAUAUUUCCUCUGCAGUCAGGGAGCAGUUUGGGUAAGACGCGGAUAAGCAAGGGACGUGGCGGCUGUUUUCAGAGCUGUGGGCUCCCUCUAGUGGAAGAGAAGCAGCACUGCAACAUUACUUGAAUUUUUUUUUGUACAAGUAUUUAAUGAGACAAAAGGAUGGCACUUUCUCACAGCGUUAUCAUCGACGUUCCUCUCGAUCAGACAAAACCUCAGUGUCUGUGCUUGUUAAAACUGAAAGAAGCAGCAAUAACUUCAGUAUGACCUAUUGGCUUUAUUGUUUUAUUAUCACUGAGGUGGCCUGUAUUAUCACAAACUAUCCAGGUGACAGUAUUAACUGCCAGUUUGAGCUCAGUUUACAGUAUUUAUAUCCUGGAAAAAAUAUGCUUGUCAAAACAAAAAAAAAGGAAAUUUUUCAUUGUUUUUCAACUUCAGCAUUUUGGCAAAGAGAAACUUUUUUUUUUCUUUUUCUAAGAGGAAUAUUGCCAAUUUUAAUCAAGAAAAGCAGUUCUCAAGCAAAUAAGUUUGUUUUUCCACUGUGACCCAACUUUAAAAUGAAUAUCCUCCUGUUCUAUGAAGUCUGAUGUCUCCCCCUCUUUAGUUUACUGUGAUUGGUGACCGCAGGUAUCUUAAGCCAUAAAGUGGAUGAAGUGCGAGCUCACUCCCCUGCAAGAAAUGAACUGACAAGGAUCUCCUUGUCGGGAUAAAGAAAGGAUCGCCCACGUAGAAUGAUUACCUACACGAAUGCUUUAUAACAUAAAGCUAUAUUUUGUUAAUAUGUAUAUGUGUAUAUAUUUAUAAAUAUAUAUCGACAGAUCUGUUCCUUGAGUAUUUCCAACGGUGAAAGAGGGAGACAAGUCUUUCAGACCAAACUGUUCCGCGCCAGGUGUUCAACUAGAGUUUUACGGUGGGCUUUUUUUCACAAGUUUCUGAGGGUUUUUGCAUUUUCCACCUCGACUUUAUAAAAUCGAUCCUGAUCAACCAGCAAGAAUCGCAGCAGCUCUAAACUCAAAAGAACCAGCUUCUUCUCAGCAGAUUAUGGGACCUCAAAAAAAAGAAAAGAAAGGUGAAGACUUUAAACCCUCCAAAAUGUAUGUGUUGCUUGGCAAUUGUAUGUUCAAAAAGUGUAAUCAGGAAAAGCUGAGCUUGUGACACAAUCACUGCUUUCUUUGUUGCAUUGACCGUAAAAAACAUUCAAGUGGAGAAAAAAAAAAAGAAAGGAAAAAAAAAAAACACUUGAAAAAAGAUCUAUUUUUGUACAAAGGUAAUUUUAUCCCUUGCUUGUGUACUCUGUUCUUUCCCUUUUCUUCUGUGGGCUGUUGUAUACGUUGUGGAAAAGCUUAUUCAAUGAGGCAAGAGACAAUUUUCAGAUUGAAAAUUUAAGGUGAGAGGAGUCGUCGGCUUUGGCACCUUGGUAGCUGUCGCCUUUACUUUGCCAUUUUCAGCCUGUCGCUGCAAGACGGGGACGUCUUCUUUCAUUAUAUUUUUGUCUGUUUUUAAAAGGAGAUGGAAUUUUGUCAUCUGUUCUUUGUGGGUUGUUCUGAUGUUCUAUCUUUCAUGGACAGAAAAAAAAAGGUUAUUAAAAAACUUAAAAGUGA